CCGUCAUCCUCCCCUUCAAUAUCCAUCCUAUCAGCAUCAUCAUCACCCCCAAUCUCGAAAGGAUCCUCCAUAACCAAAUCCACCCUCUCCACCCCCUUCCCAUCUCCUACCCGUGCCGUAUCCCCAAACCGAGCUUGCGCGACCAGCUUGGCCCGUUUAUUCACCCUCUCCUCCACCGUCGGUCUCUCCCUCCUCUUCUUAUCACCAUUCCCUUGUUCUUCCUCCUCUGCUGCAUCGCUCAACGGUGGGCUAGGCAAAACAGUACUCAACGGGGACUCUUUGACCUUCUCAUCCGCAUAGAUACUCCACCCACCACCUGCCGCAUUGCCUCUCGUCGCGCCCCUUCGAUCGAGCAACCCCUCCAGAUUUCUUGUCGUCAAAGAAGUACUCUGCAGCGUGACCCUCUGCCUCGGCAGUGACAGCGCCUUUGGUAUCCCCUCCGCCAGCAGCGCCCCAAGCGAUUUCGAUUCUGACGCCCCUGUCGGGCCGGUAGAGGUGGGUUUAGAAAUGAAAAUAUUUGGUGAGCCAUCCGGGAAGGCGAUGAGUAUCGUCUUGGAGCCAGUGUCCAUGUUGCCAUUGGAGGAUAGGGACAAAGGGGUGUUGUAGGGGGAGUCGAUGACAAAGAUCCUCAGUAUCAGCAAGGGAAGCGUCUUGUGACGGUCGAGGUUGUAGUGUGCUUUGAUAUCAGGCAGGAUUUGAGCCUGGAGCGAUUUGAGAAACAACGAAGGGUGAAACCUUGGUAUGGUUAGUGAUGUUUUGUCGGCUUCCAGCGGCUGCACCUCGCCGUCGUCGUCCUCUCUUGGUGCUUUCAGCGGGACUAUGUUAUAGGCUGACCAUUUCUGGGAGGUUGGGUGGUCGUAGAGGUAUUGCAGGUCUGCGAUGGCGAGCUGGUAGAGCGAUACCCCGUGCCGCCAGUCGCCUGUGGUGAUUCUGUCUAGGACAUCUCUUUUGGAACCUUUACGAUUCUGGAGGGAGAGGUACUCUUCCCGGAGCUCCUCCGGGGAUGAGGCAGGGGGGUAGAAGUCGCCGUCAUCUUCUUCUUCAUUGUCGUCCUGGUCUGGACGGAGGUAGGGGGUGGCUAGAGAUAGGUUAUCCUCGUCUAGCCAGUCCAAGGCAACAGAGAUGAGAGAAGCGCGUGAGAGCCGGCUAAGAAUUUUGGUGACUGUUGUGCUGGAGGGGUUGACGCGUAGAGAGGAGGGCAGAGGCGCUGUGAUAGGGACUGAUAUUCGGGACAUCUUCAGGCUUAUGAAUGAUGAUGCUGGAGAUUAAGAAACAAAUGGAGCUCCGUGAAAGCAAACAGAAUGGGUUGCCGUAGCCGGGGUGUUCCGGAGAGGGUCCGUUCCGGCGAACGUCAACAAUGGAUCCGCUCGCACCGUGUUUCCGGCGAGCUUCGGGGGGGGUGCAGGCCGAGAAACCCGGAAUUGAUUUACAGAGCUGAGCUGGUCCAGAGCCCCCACGCCGUUUUGCAGAACGUGUUGGCAGUUGGAGCGCGUUCUCGCGUCACAUGGUGGUCUGGACCACAGUGUGUGGCCCGUGCUCUACCUAGGUGAGCUUCACCCCGCAAAAUCACAACGGCACAGCGCCCACGCACCCCGCACACCUCAAUAUCUUGGCUUCUGACAUGUCUCAUCAGCGUUUUCCUCUUUUGAUGGUUCUAGAUGAACGGUAGUACACAAUGGAUUCUGAAGAAGAAAACGCCGACCAAAAGAACAGCUACCAUUAGAAGAUUUUAGACGAUAGGAAGGGGCAAGCGUCUAUAUCGAGCCGCUGACGUUGCCGAGCCACGUAUCGGGGUGCCGAGUAUCGGAGCACGCGGAGACAGGUGGGAGCCAAGCACAGACAAAGAAAGGGCGGGGAAAACACGUUCCUGUACCUGUCGUGAUAGGGUCAAUGGCACAAAGAAAAGAAGGCCCUGAGACUGAAGAGACUGAAGGUUUCAGUAGGAGCGGAAUUGCUAACGCAGGUUCGUGAUGGAAAUGCAAAAAAUUGUCUGCAAGCGCGUGGUUCUUAGUAGUGAUUGGAGUCCUGUCCGUCUGAAGAGAGGGGCACUCGGGCAAUUUGGGUCUCGGCUACCGAGAGCGUGGGAGUCAAUGUGCCUCUGACUAAUAGCGACCAUCGGACCGUGGGUAUAGCGGGAAGCGCACCAGGGUUAUCCCACCAAAUCCACGUUGAGCGCUGUCUUCCGACUGUCUUCCCACUGGCCCGGGCGCCGAUGUCUUGAACUGUUCUCAUGUCCAGUCUCCAUCACUCUUCCACUUCAGCAACACACUGGCUCCCAACUUGAGGCCAUCAUCGCCAGCAGAGGGCCCCGUCUCCCAGCUAGCUCUCACUGCCCUACAUCCACCGACCCGUCUAGCUCUUUGUUUCAGCCAAAGACGCUGACUCGCCCGUACAACGCUCGCUUCCUUUUAGGAACUGAAGCCGAAGCGAGUGCCGAUUUGUUCUCCGGCCACCGAAGGACGCCCCGCCUCAUUCACCUCCCCUCGACCGACCCUUUGUCUCCCGCCCACCGCCCACCUGCCGACAUAUUUGCAAUUGUCUAAAUCUCAAAGGAACGGAUUUCGCAAUCACCAAUUCCACUCGACGACCAAAGACUCCUAAACGCCCCUCAGACAAUAACCCCCGCGAGCGCGCGUGCUGGAGCUUUUAUUCGACGUUUGACAAGAGAGAGAAAUUAAACAUCGCCAUGGCCUACUCCAGCGCGCGGAGAGGUGUCAAUGUGACCCAAUAUCUCCGUGAAUUGAACCAAGAUGGCGGCGUGGUAGAGGAGACGCUCAUCACGGAUGAAGACCUCGCCAAGGACCUUGCGCUCUUUACCAACACUCAGUUCUUCGACUUUGAGACUGGCCAGAACACCGACUACCAGGCGCCACCUGUCAAGCCCGACACAUUACAAACAUCACCAAGCGAGGAGUUGACGUCGGCCGACUCUAUCAUGGGUGACUUUGGCUUUUCUGAUUUUUCCAUCCCAGGCGACUACAGCUUCGGUGAUUUUGGCAGCAACUACACCUCGCCCGCGGUCCCGGCCUUCCCAGACAACCUAGGCAACCUGCAGCCCAUCCAGCCCACCCCCCAAUCCUCCUAUGCCCCGCCAGUCCCCCAGCAGCACCAGCCAGGUCCCCCGAACCGCAUCCUGAGCUUCGAAGACGCGUCGCGCAUGGCCGCUGAGGAGGACAAGAGGAGACGCAACACGGCCGCCAGCGCACGCUUCCGCAUCAAGAAGAAGCAGAGGGAGCAGGCCCUCGAAAAGUCGGCCAAGGAGAUGACGGAGAAGGUUACCAUGCUGGAAGGACGCAUCUCUGCCCUCGAGACGGAGAACAAGUGGCUCAAGUCGCUCGUGACGGAGAAACACGGCGACAAGCAGGACAUUCUCGAGAAGUUCUUCAAGGAGUUUGCGGCCAGGGAAGCCAAGAAAGGAUCGUCGUCUUCGGGUAUCAAGGACAGCAUCAGCGCUGCCAGCUCCACCACCGCCGUUGACGACUCGGACAAGUCGCCCGCCAAGAGGAAGGAUUGAGGUAUUCUUUGGUGAUAAAGAUAUCAUAAUCUGGUUUUCUUAUCUGGGCUCUUCCGGUUUCGAGUCAUUUCAUCAGCGAGGGGUUUAACGGUGGGGGAUUGGAGAGGCCCUUUUUGCUGCGGAUAUACCAUAUCAUCAUCAUCAUUCAAAUCAUCGAAGGCGUUUCAUCUCGAAUUAUUCGGUCUUUUUUGUUUUUGUUUCUUGUUUUGGUCUUGUCUGAUUUUACGACUUGCUUUUUUCUUUAUACCUGGUCCAUUUACCUUGGGUUUCCGGUGUUCUGGAGCUUUAAGGGAAAGCGG